AUGAUUGUCCUUUUUGUCGCCAUUUUCUCCCCUUCUACACAGCUUCCGAUAAUAGAAUAUUUGGAAGAAACCAGAGGAUCAAGUGGCGUCUCUCUAUUGCCAAAAGAUCCUGUGAAACGUGCUCACGUUCGCCGUUUGUCUGAGAUUAUCAAUUCCGGUAUUCAACCAAUGCAAAAUCUGUCCGUAAUGCGUCAACUUCCACCGGAAGUGAACCGGGACCAAUGGCACAUUAUCCUAUUUCAUGGCUGUUUCUUUACAGCUUUCGAGAAGGAGUUGGAGAAAUUGGCCGGAAAAUAUUGUGUCGGAGAUGAGUUGUCCAUGGCCGAUGUUUGCUUGGUUCCACAAGUGUACAACGCCUUCCGAUUUAAGGUGGACUUGUCACCCUAUCCGAUCAUCCGCCGUAUAUAUACGGUUCUAAUGGAAGUGGAAGCUUUCAAAAAAGCUGCUCCCGAUGUGCAACCGGACUCCAUUGGUUGA